UUUUUGUGUCUUAGCACGUGUGACGGGCUCAAAGCUGUCGGUUUUAUUUUUUCGUUGAGUGCUUAUUUUCUUACAUUUAGUUGCCUCGAAGUUAUUUCAACAAUAAGCGAGUAAACUUUAAAACACUUCAAAAUGGUGCGGAGAUUGAGGAAAACUAAAAAAAGCCAGAAGUUCAAUUACAACAAAAACCGGAAACGUGCGAACCAAAACAGUCGCGGUACGGGUAAAAUCAAAUGCUUGGAGAUUCGGCGUGCUCUCGACCCGCAGAAGAAUCUCGCCACAAAUAUCAAGGAGAUGGGCCUAGUGUACGAUGUUAACAAAUCGAUUCCAGUGCCUAACUCAAAGCAGGAACGAAAGAAGCUGGCCAAAUAUGUCAACGGAUUUCUCGAGGAGGAUGCUUCUGAUGCCGAAGUCGACUUGGAAAGCAAGUUCCCCAAAAUCCACGUUACUCAGCAGUUGGAAAAAGACGCAAAUGAGCAUGGGGAGAGUCGCUUCCGGCUCCCCAAAGGACAUGUGAAGUUUACCACGGAUAUGAUCGAUAAUUACGGAUUCGAUUAUAAAGCCAUGUCAAGGGACAUUAGAAAUUAUGAUCAGGAAACGUGGCGGCAGUUCAGGAAGAGAGUUCGUAAAUUUCUUUCAAUUCCGGAACAGUCUGUACCGUACCUAGAGCGGAAGGGCUGGCUCGAUUGUGAUAUGAGUGAUCCAAGCGACCCUCGAUGGAAAGAAUAUUGCACGGACGAUGAGGAGUGUUGACGGUAAUAAUUUAAAUAAAUUCCUAAGUCUCA